AUGGCAACCAAGUCUCUCACACCUAUUGAUGCAUCCGAUAAGAAUAAAGACAUCGAAUAUAAAUUGAAUCUCUUUGGACCACAAGCUGCUGGAGAUUGGACUAGAGCGAUUCAUCACGAACUUAACAUAAAGCGACGAACAUGCACUACAUUUAUUCCAAAUUUGUCAGCAACUAGUGAUGGAAAUGCAAACAAUAUUCCAUGUGGUUGUAAACGUCUUCGUCGUGAGCAUUCUUGGGAUGCUACGGAUGGAAAUGAUUCUAAAUGGGAUCGAAAAAAACAUACGAAAUCUGCUUAUAAUAAUGCAUAUGGAUAUAUACCAAGUACUCAUGCGCAUUAUAUUCGAUGUGACAUUGAAACACAACCAAAAAUUCUUGCUAGUUUAAUGUAUGAUGUAUGGAAAACGAAAGAGCCAAAAUUAAUUAUGUGUAUAAUUGGAGGAGCUAAAUAUUUUAAACUAAACGAACGACUAGAAAGAGAAUUCAUUAAAGGUAUUAUUCAAGCAGCAUUGAGAGCAGAUGGUUGGAUUGUAACAACAGGAUUUAAAACAGGAGUUGUACAACUUGUUGGUGAAGCUAUUCAUGAUCAUAAAGUAACUAAUCCGCGAAGUCGUAUUAUUGCUAUUGGUUGCUCGAAGUGGGGUGCAGCUAAACAUAGAGAAUCACUUAUAUUGAAGAAUAUUUCAAAUAAACCUGAUCUAGAUGUAGCGACACGAAAAGCAAAAAAUACGAAAGGUGAACAAGAACUCGAACCUAAUCAUACACAUUUUCUAUUACUUGAUGAUGGAACGUAUUUUGGAUACGAUAUUGGAGAUUAUCGAACAAGAUUUGUCAUUGAAGCUUCAUCUUACAAAAACGAAAAUGUUCCUGUUGUGACUGUUGUCGUUGAGGGUGGUCCCGAUACAUUAACAACGAUUUACAAGGAUCUUUCUAAUGGUAUACCAGUAAUAUUGAUUGAUGGUAGUGGUCGAGUACCUAAUCUUCUCGCUAAGUUUCUUACUCGUACAGAAUCGAUGAUUUACCGAAGCGUGAAAGAUGAUAGUGAUACUAAUUGGAAACAAGUAAUCGACGUCAAAGAACCGGAUCAUGUUGAAAAAUUAAAAACAAAAUUUCAUUCUUAUGAAGAUGAAAUAUAUGAUGGUUUAAAAGAAAUAUCAAAAGGAUCUAAAACGUCAAAAGAAGAAAUGGAUCGUUUAUUUAAAUAUUUUCUUUAUUGUUUACAACCAGCUGUUAGAUCUAAAAUCCGAAUAUAUAGUCUUGAUAGUGAUCAACCAUUAGAUGAUACCAUUUUUGAAGCUAUUAUAGAAGCAAAACAAGAGAAAAGCUUAGAAAAAAAUACAGUAGUUGAUCGAGAGCAGUUAUUAAAUUUAGCAUUGGCUUGGAAUGCUAUUGAAGUAGCGAAAGAUCAUAUAAUUAAAGAUGAUUUAAAUGAUCUUAAUGCAGCAGUUAAAGAGAAACUAUUCUUGGAAGCACUCAUACUUGAUCGGCCACAGUUUGUCAAUACUUUUAUCAAAUUAAAUUUUGAUUUAGCUCAAAUAUUUUAUCAAAAGAAAAUCAAUCAACCAUGGGAAUUAAAAUGGCAUCAGUUAGAGAAACUAUAUGGAUAUGACGACAAGAAAAGUAGGGAACGUCUUUAUUUACUCAGCAGAUGUUAUGAUAACAAGCCCAUCAGUUCUAGAGAAGAUCUUGAUAUAAUAUUGAAAAAUUUAAUAGGUGAUUAUGUCAAAUCAAUAUAUACUGCUGCAUCAGGUAGCUUGUGGGAACAAUUUGGAAGGUGUUGUCGAUUGUCGACGGCACGUGUUUCGGAUAGUCGUACAACUUUAUGUCGAGACUAUAUUGACGAUGAUUCUGAAGUACCUGACCCGGAAGAAGCUCAAAAAGAAGUUCGCGAAUAUGUUUAUCGGGAUUUAUUUUUCUGGUCAAUAUUAACCAAUCGAAUUGAAAUGUGCAAGGUUAUUAUAAGUCAUAUGCAGACACGUAUAUGUGCUGCAUUAAUAGCAUCCAAAAUACUUAAAUCUUUUAAAGAAUUCGCUACCGAUAACGAAUCAAAGGAAGUUCUACAUUCUCAAGCUGAACAGUUUGAACAGUAUGCUAUUGAAUCUUUAAAGUGUUGCUAUAACUAUGACGAAGAAAAGGCUUGCGAAAUUGCUAUUCGACGUAUUUACAUAUUCGGCGGUGUUUCAUGCCUUCAAGUAGCCGUUGAUGCUGAUGAUAAAGAUUUUGUUGGUCAACCAUGCUGUGAUCAACUUUUAAAUAAUAUUUGGUUUGAUAAAAUGAAACCAUUUCAAUUUACAUUACGUGAACGUGGUCAAGUAUUAUUGAGUAUUUUUACAUUUGGUUUAUUAGCACCAUUUCUUAUUAAAUUUCGUGAAAAUAAAUCAGAUUCAGCGAAUUUUGAUAAUGAUAGGAAAAAAAAUUAUGAAAUGACUGUUAAUGAAACAGAACAAGAUGAAAAAUCAUUAUUACGAAAAACAACUCGGAGAUUACAUAGUUAUGGUAUUAACUAUUCUGAUGGUCAUGUAUGGAAACAAAAUUGUUGUUCAAAAAAAUGGUCGAAUCGCUUUCGUCACUUAAAAGACUUUCAUGAAUCUCCCUUUAUUAAAUUUUCUUAUAAUGUCGUUAGCUAUAUAUUUUUUCUCUUGCUCUUUUCUUAUUUCUUAUUAUUUGAUUUCAAUCUGCCAACAGAUGGAGUUCCAAGUAUACAUUGGACAGAAAUAUUAGUGAUUAUUGUUGUAACAACAAUGCUUUUUGAAGAUGUUCGACAAUUCCUCUGUCAAGAGAGUCGAUCAAUACCUGGAAAGUUCACGAAUUAUUUUAUAAAAAACCCAUCUUUUAGUUUAAUCCGUAUUGGGCCGUAUGUUCUUUUUUAUAUUGGUCUUAUUCUUCGUUUUGCAUAUGCAUCUACCAAUGAAGAAUUAUCAGCCGCAAAAAUUAUUUUUGCUUAUGACCUUGAGAUUUGGUAUAUUAGAUCAUUAAGUUUCCUUGGUGUUGCACGACAAAUGGGACCCAAACUUGUCAUGAUACGGAAAAUGCUAAUCGAUUUAUUUUUCUUCAUAUAUAUUAUUUUAAUUGCUAUGAUUGGGUAUGGUGUUGCUUCUCGAUCUAUGUAUUCAUUUGAUGAUCCAACGCAGAAUGAUUAUUUAACGUUCGAUGGGCGAUCAAUCUUUCGACAUAUUCUGUAUCCGACUUACUAUCUUAUGUAUGGAGCAACCGAUACAGAAAUAGGAGCACUUGAUCAAAAUCCCGAUUAUUCUACAUCCAUUGCUACACAAGUAUUAUUAGCUUUUCAUAUGCUAUUUGUUAAUGUUCUUCUUAUCAAUCUACUUAUUGCAAUGUUUAGUUUUACGUUUAAUGCAGUUCAAACUCAAACUGAUCUCGUUUGGCGUUAUGAUCGAUACGGAUUAAUUCGUGAAUACUUUGAUCGGCCACCAUUGUUUCCUCCGUUUAUUAUAAUCACCCAUGUUGUGGAGCUUUUUAAACUAAUUUCACGACACGUAUCUAAUGUAGAUCAUUCAAAAAUGAGAAGAAGACGAACAAAAAUAUUUAAAAUGGUUGCAGCUAAUCGAGAAAUAGAUAGAGAAUGGUCAGAAUUUGAAAGCUACGCAACAAAUCUUUAUGCGAGAACCAUAGUUUCUGGUCAACCAUCAUCAUCAGCAGCUCUUGUACCAUCAGCGGCACGUCAGGAAAUUCCACAAACAGCAUUCGAUACAAUGAACACUUCAUUAGCAUCGCCAAAUGUAGAUGUCAAAGCAAUUACUGAUGAAAUAGCAUCAAUUAAAAGAUCUGUCGGAGAUCUUCGUACAUAUGCUGAAGAAAUGAACCGAUGUAUGCAAUGGAUGAUGGAUGCUAUGGAGCGUGUUAAGAUGUCGAAAGAGCCAAAACCUAAGCUGAAAUCAUCACGAACAACCACAGAUCUAACACCAUCUGACGAGUAA